AGUCCCGAGCAGAGAGACACACAGGCAAAGAGUCCGUGAACAACUUUUAAUGUAUGCGGGCCAGUGUGUCGGGGCGCACUGUUUCCCCCCUCGUUUAUGCAUCCUCCUGCUCGACUUAGCUCAACCACGGCUCGCUGUUUCCUCACCGGCUCCGUAGCUCGUCCGUUUUUGGCUCAAAAAGCGGUUGUGUGUCAGUUUCUUUUAUGUGUCCAGCCCUCUCCUGCGACUCCAGCACAGAACCGGCCUUGACUGAGUGAUUGAGUGAGUGACUGCAUGGACCAGACUGAACAUGAAGAGCCUCAAAGCGAAGUUUAGGAAAACCGAUACCAAUGAGUGGAACAAAAAUGAUGAGCGCCUGCUUGCUGCAGUGGAGCAUGGCGAGGUGGAGAAGGUGGCAUCACUUCUUGCCAAGAAAGGCACCAGCGCUGUAAAGCUUGACAGCGAGGGCAAAUCAGCGCUUCAUGUGGCAGCUGCACGUGGACAGACAGACUGCCUAGCUGCAAUCCUGGCCCAUGGAGCUGACCUGUCAGUCGCUGAUGCUGCAGGUUAUAAUCCGUUGCACCUGGCUGCCAAAAACAAUCACAUCGAGUGCUGCAAAAAGCUCAUUCAGAGUAAAUGUCCUGUCGAUGCUGUAGACAGCUCAGGAAAGGCUGCUCUGCAUCACGCUGCUGCCAGUGGGAGCAUCCAGACGGUCCAACUGCUGUGUGAACUCAAAAGUCCCAUCAACCUGAAAGAUGCAGACGGGCUCACCCCUUUGCUGCUGUCAGCCAAACACGGUCAUGCUGAGGUGUGCAGCGCUUUGCUGGACUGUGGUGCUGAAAUCAACACUUCCGACAACAGUGGCAGGACAGCCUUGAUGCUGGUCAGCGAGUCCAACGCUGUUUCAGUUCUUGAAGUCUUGGUUCAGCGAGGAGCAGAUCUGUCGGCUGUAGAUUCACAAGGCCAUGAUGUCUUACACUACGCCAAGCUGUCAGGCAACACUGAGGUCAAAACUGCCCUCACUGCUGCCCUGAACAGACAACAGGUCCCAGAUGCGAAGUCUCCUAGAAGUCCCCAGCAUGAUCAAGUAGCUAAACUAAGUGAUGAACGGAUCACAACUCCCAAAAAACGAAAAGCACCUCCACCUCCUAUUAGCCCACUGCAGAGCUCUGGACCCUCCUCUCCUUCAGUCCUCACCUCCGCUGGGACCCCUGUAUCCAACAAAAGUGAUACUCCCAAAAGAUUCAACUACAAGGAGGAUGAGUUUAGAGGAACGGCGCUGAGAGAGGAGGUUGAGAAGCUCCAUGAGGAGAGAAACAUGUUGCUGGAGACAAUCGAAGACCUGAAGCAGUCGGUGGAGCAGACGGUGACUGGUCCUGAACUGGAUACAAAGGUCGAGCAGACUUUUACAGCAUCUGCAGCUCUGGUUUCUGUUCUGCAAGCCAAGAUUAAUGCUCUUACUCUGGAGAAUCAGCAACUUGCAAGCAAACUCAAGAAACAUCCUUCCGUCCAAGGAAGUGAGGACACCAGUCGUCCAAACAGCAUGGCCUCCAACUCCUCCUUCCACUCCACCCAGGAUGAGUUUGAGUCACUGCCACAAGUGGAAAAGGAAGAUGGUCCAGGUGGUGUUUCUGUCAGACGAGAGGAAGAAGAGAGUGAAGGAGGAAGCAAAGACGAGAUCAGACUGUUGAGACAAGCGCUAGAGAGCGUUCAGGUGAAACUGCUAGAAACCAGGAAGGAAAACCGCUCACUUCAGGCCCAGCUGAAACCUGAACUAGGCAGAGAAAGGGAGGAGGAUGGAAGCGUGAGGGAGAAAGGAAGAGAGGAAGAGUUGAUGGAGAGUCUUGCAGAGCUUCAGGCGAAGCUGACAGACACUCAGGAGAGAUACCACCAAGCUGUGGAGGAGGUGGAGGAUCUGAGGGUGCGGAUUGGAAAGGGAGAAGGUGAGCUGACAGAAAAACAGGAGGUCCAGAGACUUACAUCAUCUGCACUUGAAAACGAAGUAAAACAGUUGAGGGCCCUGCUCGCCCAAUCUGGAUCUGAGCAAGAGAACGCAGCUCAACGCAUCAGACAGCUGGAGGAGGCGCUGAGGAGGGUGGAGGAGGAAAGACGGAGUGUCAAGGAGAAAGAACAGAGGACUGCACAAAUUGAGGAGCUGUACAAGGAGGCACAAGAGGAGAUUAGGAUGCUCCAGGAGGCUCUGAGAGGCACAGUGCCAGUUGAAGCUGCAGCCAAAGACUUUGAGGAGAUGAAGGCUGAGCUAAACGAGGUAAUCGCAGGGCUGCAGCGCCGCUUGCUGGAACUCUCACACUCCUACAGUGAAACCAAGAGUCAGCUAAGUGCUGCACAGAAGCAGCUGGCUGAGAGCAGCGCAGCCUCAUCUCCCUCCUCAGAGCAGCAGCAGCUAAACAGCAAGCUGGAGGAGCUGCAGACAUCACUAGCUGAGACAGAGAAGAAGCUCGCAGCUGCUCAAGAGGAGAUUUCACUCCUGAAGCAGGAGGCAGAAGCUCAGGCACAGAGCUCCGUGUCCCUCGCUGACCACACUCAGGUGAUGUCAUCUCUGGGAAAUGCCAUCAAAGAGUUGGAGAGCCAGACAGAGGCCCUGAAAGAGCAGCUACACCAGAAAGUCUUGCAGGUGGAGGCUCUUCAGAGCAGGCUGACAGCAGAGAAAGAUGUUACCUCAGAUGAUUCAGUCUCCCGUGUGGAACUCGAGACAGCACGAGAGCAGCUGGAGGGUGAGGUGAACCACCUGACGCAGCUCCUCCAGGAGGCCCUCAGGAAGCAGGACGAGAUGGCUCUGGAAGCUGCUGAUGCAUGGCAGAAGGCACGGGAUAAUCGAGCAGAGCGGGAGGCCCUGCAGGAGCUGGUGAUGUCCAGGGAGAAGGAGAACCAAACUCUCACCACGAGGCUGGCUGAGGCCCAGGAUGCUGUGUCUCAGCUGAAACAGCUGGUGGAGAACCACACUGCCUCAGAGAGAGAGAAGAACAAGAGGAUAGAUGACCUGUCACGGGAGGUUGGAAAGCUGAGGGACGCCUUAAACAGCCUAUCACAGCUCUCCUACAGCUCUGGUUCUCCCUCCAAGAGACAGCAGCAAAGCCAGCAGCUGGAGACAUUGCAGCAACAAAUCAAACAACUGCAGUACCAGCUAGCUGAGUCAAAGAAGCAGCACCAUGAGAUCGUGUCAGUCUACAGGAUGCACCUCCUCUAUGCUGUCCAGGGUCAGAUGGACGAGGAUGUUCAGAAAGCCUUAAAGCAGAUCCUGAUGAUGUGCAAGGUGCCAAGCCAAGCCAAGGAGGCCUGCUAAGACACGCUAGGCCUGGUUUCCCAAAAGCAUGUUGUGAACGAAACUGAAGUGAACUGCUGCUGUCACUACACGUUCUGUCGUCACAGUUCACACGUUGCUUGUGCUGAUUACAAGUAAGGCCAACUUAUGGUGCCUCUGGAUGAACCUUAAGUAUUUGUUGAUGAGGAGUAGGUUUACAAUCAUGUUCAUUGCCUUUGCUAAUGUCAGGACCAAGUAAGAUCCAAAGGUCAUCAAUGUUAUGAUGGAAGAUGUUUUUGGGAAACCUCAGCCAGUUGACCGUUCACAUGAAUAAAUGAACCAAGUGGUUCCAGCCAAACUUAUAAUCUCAGUAUGUGCAUGUUAACACUACACUGUCAAUGUGCAGUAACCUUAAAUCACAUGCAGUUGGACAAGCGUGAAACAUACAUGUAUGUGCGCACUAAUCGGUCCACUGAAAACAGUGCGUUUGAUGUGGUUUGUUUCUGUUACAAUGUGCGCUUAGAGAAAUAAAAGACUUGCUGCUGUUGGUAGUAUCUAUUUUAUGAUACAACAGUGUUAGUAUUAUUUUACUUGUUGUCUAAAGGUUUCAUAGUGGUCGACAUUUUCUCGAUGCAAUCUAAAUUAUUUGUGCCCUCUCAACAAUGCAUGCUCAACGCCAGCCCAAAUAUUGCAUAGAAAUGUUUUUCUGGCCGCACUUCUAUGAAGAAAAUGCAUGAUACUGUUUGUACUGCUAUUUUCCUAUCAGCACAAAAAUUUAUAAAAAUGUAUUUUGCAGAAUUGUAUUACCAUGCCAUGUUUUCUAAGAUACUGUACUUUAAUGAAGAGGUUUGAUAGCUGUAUUUUUGAUGGCCUUGUUUUGUGUUAUGUGUGAAUGAAAUUCCUUUUCCCCUGAUUAUAACAACGCACUAAUUGGUCUAGUGACACCUGAAUUAGCUUCCUGUUAUUCUGUAUUAAAAAAUAUCAGUUGUAACAAAUGCCCAGCAGUAUGGGCUCAAUAUUUUUGUCUUUGACUCAGUGGAUAGUAAGUUAGGAGGGAAGAUUUUUACAUUUCUCUCCUCUUGUCUAAUCUUACAUUUUGGUCUUUUGUUUAGAAAUUCCUUACUUGAAAAGCAUGCAAAAUGUGUUGGCUGAAAGCAAAUGGUUGAGUGUGCCGUCACACGUCUGUCUGCAGUACUUUCACCUGAGAAUUACCAUCAAAUAUCACAGUUGUUGUAGAUGCCAAUUUCAGCAGGCUUCCUUAUUAAUUUAUUUACAUUUACCAGGAAUGUUUUUUUCUGUCUCUCUACUUGUGAUACUCCCAUCUCUCUUUCAGUGUUUCUUUGUAGGUACGGAUUUACACUGUACAGAAUACAUUUUAAAUGCAUUUCUCUGUCCUCUACAGGCGUCUGAACUGUUGUCACAUCACACUCCUUUGCCUUAGUACUGUACUCAGAGCCAUACGCACUUAGAUAAUCACCCUUCUGUACAAAGUCUGAGAUUAUUGACAACACACACCCAACACUAACGCUGAUAAACUUGACUGACUGAAGCUACCACCCUCGUCUCUCACUCAGGAACUUUUGUACUGAACAUGAUUCACACCUGACUGAGCUUUGUUAGACCCUGAGUAGAGCUUUGGCUUUAUAUCAUAGGUUGUAGAACAUCAUCAAUGUCUCUCCCUUUCUCUCUAGGCCUUGACUGAAAUGUUUUGUAACAAGAAAGGGAAAAGACAGAAACAGCUCUUCUGUUGGUUGUUUCCUCUCUAACGGUUUUGUAGUGACAUGAAAAAAAUGCUCGUUUGCCAACUGCUUUUUGCCCACAUUAAUAAAUUUUCAAGAUACUGUA